AUGCGGAACAUCCAUGUCCGAGUAUUAAGGGUGUACCUGGAUCCUGAAUGCAGCAUGAAGCCUGAGUUCAGGCUCUCCAGGCAGUCCUUCACGUGUGUGCUCAGGAUUCUCCAUCAAGAGCGAGACCAUGGCUGGGGCCAGCACCUGGAAAUUCUUAUGUUUAUCUACUGGCUAGCGCAUGGGUUGUCUUAUAAGGUCACUGCAGACGCCUUUGACAUCCCCAAAACCACGGUUUUUAGAGCUAUUCACAAAACAGCCAAAGCAAUAAGAGAAGCCAGGAGCAGAGUCAUUCGCUUCCCACCUCCGCACAGAUUGGAAGAAGUUGGCCAAGGCUUUGCCAGACUGGCAAGACAUCAGGCAUUCAACAAGGCUGUGGGGGCAAUUGAUGGCUGUCACAUACGUAUAAAACCACCCAAAAACAACAGAAAGUGCUACUACAAUUAUAAAGGUUUCCACUCCAUCCAGCUCCAGGCCAUCUGCGACUCCAAAGCAAGAUUUCUGGACAUUUUUGUAGGAUAUCCCGGUUCUGCCCAUGACACACGCAUACUAAGAAAUAGCCCGGUUUAUGUCCAAUCAUUAUACCCACCACCUGGUUUUUUUAUUUUGGGAGACGCUGGCUACCCCUGUAUGGACCAUCCCAUCACCACGAUCGUGCCAUUCAAAAGGCCACUUGAUGGGCCAAUGCAGGAGCGCUUCAACAAAAUGCAUGGCAGGGCUCGAUGCGUGAUUGAACGUGCCUUUGGCCAAAUGAAGACACGCUGGCAGGCCACCUUCCUCAAGGCCCUGGAGGUCCGACCAGCCUUUGUCUCUGAGGUCGCCUUGGCAUGCGGGUUCUUGCAUAACAUCUGCCUGGACAACGGAGAUGUUCCAGAUGAAGAGGAUGAAGAGGAUGAAGAGGAGCAAUGUGAAGAGGAACUGGACGAGCCUGGUCUCCCUCCACUUGACCCAGGGGGCAGAGAGAGCAGUGGCAACCAAAUCAGAGACCUCCUGUGUCAACAUGUAUCUGCACCCCAGCAGUUACACACCGUUUUGGCUGACCAUGAUUAUGUAAAUAUCUGA